UGCUAGGAAUUAGAAAUCCCUUAUCACCUCAGCCUAUGGCUCCUUGUAUCUGGCUUGCCUUUCUCAGGACCCCACCCCAUCUCUCAGGAGGCAUCUUCUCUGCAGAGGCUCUACGAAAGAACAGCUCUGUUUUCUAGAUGCCUUCUUGAGCCUGCUUGUGGCCACCCACAGAUACUUGUAAGAAAGACAGAAGUCAGCCUGGCAGAGACAACUGUGACAUGAGGGAUUAGAGGCUGGGAUCCAAGAAGAGCUGCAACCAAAAUACAAAGGAACAGGUCCUGAAGACACUUCUACUGAGAGGUCUACCAUGGCAUCCCUUGGCGUCCAACUCGUGGGCUACAUCCUAGGCCUUCUGGGGCUGUUGGGCACAGUGAUUGCCAUGCUGCUUCCUAACUGGCGAACGAGUUCUUACGUUGGUGCCAGCAUAGUGACGGCAGUUGGAUUUUCCAAGGGUCUCUGGAUGGAGUGUGCUACGCACAGCACAGGCAUCACCCAGUGUGACAUCUACAGCACCCUUUUAGGCCUACCCGCUGACAUCCAGGCUGCCCAGGCUAUGAUGGUAACAUCCAGUGCAAUGUCCUCACUGGCCUGCAUGAUUUCUGUGGUGGGCAUGAGAUGCACAGUCUUCUGCCAGGAAUCCCGAGCCAAGGACAGAGUGGCUGUAGUGGGAGGAGUUUUCUUCAUCCUUGGAGGCCUCUUGGGCUUCAUCCCAGUUGCUUGGAAUCUUCAUGGGAUCCUGAGGGACUUCUACUCACCACUGGUGCCUGACAGCAUGAAAUAUGAGAUUGGAGAAGCACUUUACUUGGGCAUUAUUUCCUCCCUGUUCUCCCUGAUAGCUGGAAUCAUCCUCUGCUUUUCCUGCUCAUCCCAGGGAAAUCGCACCAACUAUUACGAUGGCUACCAGGCCCAGCCUCUUGCCACUAGGAGCUCUCCAAGACCUGGUCAACAGCCUAAAGCCAAGAGUGAGUUCAACUCCUACAGCCUGACAGGGUAUGUGUGAAGAACCAGGGGCCAGAGUUGGGGGGUGGCUGGAUUGGUGCAAACUAGUGGGCAGCGCCCCCAGGGCUACAGAUGAGGGACAUUGCCACUGCAUCAUGUCAGCAGGUGCUGCUGAGGAUAGACUGUCUUUGGCCAUUGGAUCAAGGGAAGGUAGAAAUGAGAAACAGUGUGACAGCGUGCAGGUUGAAUUGUCAAGGAUAUUCACCAAACCGGCCUUUCUAUUUCCCUCACUUUGCUCCUCCCUUCCACUGUGUUCCCUGAGUCUUCAAGGUCAGACUCCUACUACUACUGCCACCUUUGGUUAAGCUCCAGAGGCUUCCUCCUGCCCCUUUGGUUUACCUGAGAAUCCAUCGUCAAGGCCAUUAAUCACAUCCAACUGACUGAUCCACUCUGUAAUCAAAGACCCUCUUCCUUUGAAUGAGGUUGACUUUUAACUCAUGGCUGGGGGACAGGGAGGAGGAGUGGUGGCUUUUAUGGACAUGAUUUUAACCUCCUUUUCAAAACAAGUUCCAAAGAAAUGGACUGGUCAGUAACAGGACCUGGAGUCUCCAUCCCACUCUUGAUAAGACUGUAGAGUAUCCAGACCAGUUUGCACAAGUAAAGGAAAGCCUUCUCAUGGUAUGCAGGGAUCAGAAAGCAACUGGGUGCAGGAUGGGAGAAAAGGAAGGCAAAGGGAUCAAAAUGGAUCAGAAUCAUUUUACAGGGUACUUCCCAGAAUUCCCUCACACUUGUGGAUUUGAGAUGGAGGCCCCAGCAAGAGGGAAGCACAAGGACUGAAGAUAAUAUAAAGAUGGUAAGCACAAGGCAGCCACACUCUGACACCACUGAGGACUGCCUGAGAGCUGCUGCUCCGAGUUCCAGUGAGGCCUCUGCCUCCCUCUGGGGCCCCUGACCUGGUAUCCUAUCUAUACCACAAGGCUUGGGGCUUGGGGCCCCAGACAAUGGUUUCUUUAAGAACAAUAGCCAGUUUUUCUAGAACUACUUUUCCUUGGCUGGGGAAUAAAUAUUAUGGGAGCUGUGGGGGACUAAGAAAUAAUGUACUCUUUGACCCUGGCCAAGAAAAAAAAGAACCUUGGUAUAUAAGAAGCUGGUUGGAUAUACAUGGUAGCUGCUGUGUGUUUCUACUGUUUCAGAGAGAAGCAGCCUCUCAGUCUGCAGACCUAAUGGAAAAUUAAACCCCUAGGGUCUAUCCCCAGAGCACUACAGAUCCUCUGAAAACCCACAGCACCAGAUAGGUCCUUUGUCAAUUUUCAUUUAUUCUCACCAUCCAUCAGGAGAUAGUCCAGAGUGUACCCAGAAGCUCCAACAUAAAACAUCUAUGCUUGAGGUGCUGUAUCCAUGAUCUGAGCUAUAGGUGAGCUGGUAUCUGGGAUUGUGAUUGAGAUGGGAGAAUUGGAGGUUUCCAAGAAGACUCUUUCACUGCAAAAUCUGAAGAUGCUGCAUUUCCCCUAGGGUAGGUACAAGUCAUAAACCGGACACUUUUCCUCAUCAGCUUAAUAUCACCAGCUUUUGAAGAUAUCUCGCAUACCUUCCCAAAUCACAGUGCCAGCAAGGGUGGUCCUCACAGGAAUCCCUCGAACAUGCCUUUCACAUUUCCACCUUAUUGCCCUUUCAAGAUGCUUUAUCAACCUGGAAGCCCUUUUCCCCGUGAAAAAUCUACCCUAUGCUUGGGGGGGAGGCUUGCUCAGCAUCACGUCACCUCCUUCCCUGGGCCUUUUUGAGCACUCCUCUGUGUUUUUACCUCUCUCACCUCCAGCCUGCAAUACAUAAAUUGCUUCUUGAUGCUUAUAAUUCACAAUUUUGAUUGAUACCCCUCCCCUUUAUGUCGUGUGUGUGUGUGUGUGUGUGUGUGUGUGUGUGUGUGUGUUUUCAAAAGCUCACUGUAAAUACCUGGAAGACAUGUACUUGUCAGUAUGUAUACUAUUUGUAACAGUGCUGGACACACACUAGGUGAUCAAUAAACACUUGUUGAUUAAUUGUUUUAUUGAUUAAAGUGGCCCUGACAUGGCACAUGUGACUGAAAAGAAUUGGGUUAAAAGAAGGGGAGAGUAGAAGUGUCUGACUGUGUAGAGUGAAUAGUACAUUCUAGAUUUGUGGGUAAAAUAAGAACAACACUUUCACAAAGGAAAUAAAGUUCUUCAUCUUUCCCAGA